CACGGCCAUUUUACAGUUGUCUGACCGCGGUGUCAUCGAAUGACUAAUUCGAUACAUUGGAAAGAUUGAAACACGAGGGGCGGCAUUUAUCCGAUCACGUCACUUGAGUUGACUCGCGUCGUCGUCGUCGGCGUGUGUGCAUCAGCGCGUGCAUCGGCGCGCACGGCCGUGUGAAGGAAACCCGAGCGGUUCAGAGUGGGAUUCAUCGCAGGGAUACAGAAACGUGUCGGAUUCCUGCGUUACUCGACGCGUGCACGACGGUGCGUCGGAUUGACGAUCGCUGGUGCCCGGAUAAAGAGAGAUAUAUAUAUAUAUAUAUAUAUAUAUAUAUAUAAGUGAUAGGCUCGUAUCGGCCGAGCGAGAGACAGCAGCGAAUUGUCGUUGGCGCGAGUGCUUUUCGUCGUAUUGUCCGCGAUAGUCGAAAAUAGUGACAUUUUCUAGUUCAAGGCGAUGGUACGAUGACCGCUCUCAAGUGUCUCGUGUAUGCGCUCGUUGUAGCGACGAGCUCGCUCGUGUACGCCUAUGACGACGAAUGCAACAUUCCUCUUUUGGACAGAGCUCAUCUAACAGCUACUAGUUCCAAGGCUGAUAGAGGUCCAAAGAAUGCCAGGCUGAACGGCGGAAGCGCAUGGGCAGCUAGCAGCUCUGAUUUUGGUCAGUAUUUAAUAAUCGACUUGGGCGAAGUAAUGAACAUCACAGCCGUGGCCACUCAGGGACAGUCGUCACAGAAGACAUAUGUUAUGGAAUAUCGUAUUAGCUAUGGUACCAACGGUCUUGAUUACGUGGAUUAUAAGGAAGAAGAUGGCCAUGCGAAGAUGUUUAAAGGUAAUGUAGAUGGAGACAGGGUAAAGCUUAAUAGGUUUGAGGUACCAAUAAUCGCACAGUGGGUUAGAAUAAAUCCAACGCGAUGGAGAGACGGGAUAUCCCUGAGGGUUGAACUUUAUGGAUGCAAUUAUGUAUCCGACGUUGUUUCCUUCAACGGAUCAUCUCUUAUACGCAUGGAUUUACUCAGGGAGCCUAUCGAGACUGAUAGGCACUUUAUACGUUUCCGCUUUAAGACGAAUAAUGCCGACGGCGUAUUAAUGUAUUCUCGGGGUACGCAAGGUGACUAUAUAGCCUUGCAGCUGCGCGACAACAGAAUGUUGCUCAAUAUCGAUCUCGGAUCUGGUAUUAUGAGCAGCAUGUCUGUUGGCAGUCUUCUAGACGAUAACAUGUGGCAUGAUGUUUUAAUCUCCCGCAAUAGGAAAAAUAUUUCGUUUUCCGUCGAUAGGGUAUUGAUUAAGGGUAGAAUAAGGGGAGAAUUUCAUCGAUUGGAUUUGAAUCGAGAGCUCUAUAUCGGUGGUGUAUCCAAUAUGCAGGAGGGUCUGGUGGUGAACCAAAAUUUCACUGGCUGUAUAGAAAAUUUUUACUUAAACAGUACAAAUAUAAUCAGUGAGUUGAAAGAAUCAAUCUUAGAUGAGAAUCUGAAAUAUUAUAAAAUCCAUACGAUAUACACUUGUCCGGAGCCACCAAUAAUACCCGUGACAUUCAAGACUCCUGGAUCUUAUGCCAAAUUAAAAGGAUAUCCUGGUGCGACGUCUAUGAACGUGUCCCUCGCAUUUCGAACUUACGAAGAGCAAGGGAUAAUUCUUUACCACAAGUUAGAGUCUUCAGGCUUCGUCAAGCUAUUCCUGGAGAACGGCAAAUUGAAAGUCGAAAUAAAAACGGGGGAGAAUCCAUCGUCGAGUUUAGACAAUUUUUACGAGAAAUUUAACGACGGUAAAUGGCAUCAGGUAAUUUUGACGGUUGCCAAGAAUUCCCUCGUUUUAAAUGUAGAUGGAAGACCGAUGAGAACAGAUCGCCUUCUGGAGAUAAUAACUGGAAGGCAUUAUAUGAUCGGUGGUGUGAUCGGAGAAGGAAGCAAAUAUGGUUUUGUUGGUUGUAUGAGAAUGAUAAGUAUCGACGGUAAUUACAAGUUGCCGACCGAUUGGAAAAAAGACGAAUACUGCUGCGAGAAAGAUGUUAUAUUUGAUACUUGCCAAAUGGUAGAUCGUUGCAACCCGAAUCCUUGCAAACAUUUUGGCGUUUGCCGACAAAAUUCUGAUGAAUUCUUCUGCGAUUGUGCCAAUACUGGAUACACAGGUGCCGUUUGUCACACCUCAUUAAAUCCUCUCUCAUGCGAUGCGUAUAAGAAUAUGAACGCGGUCAAUCAACGAGCGGAUAUCAAAAUUGACGUCGAUGGAAGCGGGCCACUGAAACCAUUCCCGGUUGUUUGUGAAUUCUUUGCUGAUGGCCGCGUAAGGACAGUUUUGCGUCACAGUAAUAAGCAAGAAACGCCCAUUGAUGGAUUCGAUGAGCCUGGCAGUUUCAUCCAAGAUAUUGUUUACGACGCUGAUCUUGAUCAGAUAGAAGCUCUGUUGAACCGGUCUACCAACUGCAUGCAGUAUAUAAUUUAUAAGUGCAAACGCUCCAAGUUAUUUAAUUCGCCAGUUCCUCAAGGCGAAUAUUUCCGACCGAAUUCGUGGUGGGUCAGUCGGCAAAAUCAAAAGAUGGAUUAUUGGGGCGACGCGCUGCCCGGAUCGCGAAAAUGCGAGUGUGGUAUAAUUGGAAAUUGUGUGGAUCCUACCAAGUGGUGCAAUUGCGAUGCUAAUUUGGAAUCAUGGCAGGAAGACUCUGGUUAUAUUAUGGAGAAGGAAUAUCUUCCUGUGAAACAAUUGCGUUUCGGCGACACGGGUACACCGGUCGACGAGAAAGAGGGUCGUUAUAGGCUGGGCCCGCUUAUUUGCGAAGGCGACGAUUUGUUUAAGAACGUCGUGACAUUCCGUAUAGCAGACGCCACCAUCAAUCUACCGACGUUUGAUAUCGGUCACAGUGGCGAUAUUUACUUCGAAUUCAAAACUACUAUGGAAAACGCCGUGAUGAUUCAUAGCAAAGGGCCAACCGAUUACAUCAAGAUUUCCAUAAAUAGCGGAAGACAAAUACAUUUCCAAUACGUGGCUGGCGAAGGACCGCUCACGGUGAGCGUGCAAACAUCCAACAACUUGGCUGAUGACAGAUGGCACUCUGUGUCAGUGGAGAGAAAUCGCAAGGAGGCCCGAAUCGUCAUCGACGGAGCGCUGAAGAACCAAGUGCGAGAACCUCCGGGUCCCGUGCGAGCGAUUCAUCUCACCUCGGACUUCGUGGUGGGCGCCACGACUGAUUACAGGGACGGAUUUGUCGGUUGCAUAAGAUCCCUGCUUCUGAACGGCCAACUGCAAGACCUGAGAAGUUACGCUCGGCGCGGAGUGUACGGCGUCACGGAAGAUUGCGUCGGUAGAUGCGAGAGUAAUCCUUGCCUUAACAACGGCACGUGUUACGAAAAAUAUGAUGGUUACUCGUGCGAUUGUCGAUGGACUUCGUUCAAAGGACCGAUCUGUGCGGACGAGAUUGGAGUAAACUUGCGAACCAGUUCGAUGAUAAAAUACGAUUUCAUGGGCAGCUGGCGUUCCACCAUUGCCGAGAAAAUACGCGUUGGUUUCGUGACGACGGAACCGAAAGGAUUCUUGUUAGGUCUCUUCUCUAAUAUAACCGGAGAGUACAUGACCAUAAUGAUCUCCAAUAGCGGACACUUACGCGUGGUAUUUGACUUCGGCUUCGAACGGCAGGAGGUCAUAUUCCCGCACAAGCACUUCGGUUUAGGACAGUAUCACGACAUCAGGAUCGGCAGGAAAAAUUCGGGCGCGACUUUAAUUAUGCAGGUCGACAAUUACGAGGCAAAGGAGUUCAACUUUGAUAUAAAGGCUUCCGCGGACGCGCAAUUCAAUAACAUUCAAUACAUGUACAUCGGCAGAAACGAAUCAAUGUUGGAGGGAUUCAAGGGUUGUAUAUCGCGAGUAGAGUUUGAUGACAUUUAUCCGCUGAAGUUACUCUUCCAAGAGGAUGGACCCUUAAACGUACGUUCACUUGGUACUCCUUUGACCGAAGAUUUCUGCGGGGUCGAACCGAUCACACAUCCGCCGGAUAUCUUGGAGACGCGACCGCCACCGGACUUAGACGAGGAAAAAGUGCGGGCUGCAUACAACGAGACUGACACGGCCAUUUUAGGGAGCGUAUUAGCGGUUAUUCUUAUUGCACUUGUUAUCAUGGCGAUCCUUAUAGGUAGAUACAUGUCUAGGCAUAAGGGCGAAUACCUGACUCAGGAGGACAAGGGUGCAGAGAUAGCCUUGGACCCGGAUUCGGCGGUUGUUCAUUCCGCCACCGGUCAUCAAGUACAGAAAAAGAAAGAAUGGUUCAUCUAAACGUUUGGAUCUAAACGUGUGUAUCGAGAUAAGCUAUGCUGGAGAGGAGUAAUGAGUAAACAUUAACUUAAUCUAGAAUACUACGUAAACGUCUUGAUAAGGAUGCUGUUUCUUUUGUUCCGUCUGAAUAUUGUUUUUUCGUGUAUGUCAUAAUUUUUUUAAUCGAAGACAAACGGACACUUUAUCCGGAACUGCCAUUCCGCAUAUAGUUUCUUAACGCAUUUCUCUCGCGAUAACAAUGUGACUGCCGGAAUCUAAUAAGAAUUUUUAAAACUUGUGAUUAUCAUAAUAAAUGAAUGAUUUUCUUGUGUCUUGUGGUACGGUUACGUUCAUUGUGCCAAUCGAAAAAAAGAAAUAAAAACAGAUCAGUCAUGAUACAGUGCUAUCUCUUAUUGUGGAGUGUAUGCGUUAUACACGUUCCAAUCUACAUUUUUAUAAUCGGGCAUAAAAAAGAGCUUUAUGUAAUAUAAAUAUGUUUUCCAUGUACAAAGCUGUCAUUAAUUCAGAUGAAAAUCGCUUACGUUUACGCGUUUCGUCCUUUCUUUUUUUAUGAUAAUUUGCACAGUAUUAGUUGUAAUGCCUACCGUCCAAAGUGCGUUUUAUAUUUUAACUUUUUUUAGAUUUAUUUUAUAUAUAUAUUUCACUUUUGUUUAUAUAUAAUUAUAUUUUACAGAUGUUUACUUUUUUACAUAGAUCUGCAACAUCACCAUAGUAAUUUAAUACUGAAAUAUAUAUAUAUAUAUAUAUAUAUAUAUAAAUAUAUAUAUAGUACUAAGAAUAAUAAUUGUAAUGAUAACAAUAACAACAAAAAUGAUAAUAAUAAUCAUAAUUGUAACAAUAAUAAUUGUAUACUAAGCAUGUAACACACACAAUGAAAGUGUACAUAAAUCAUUUUUAUACGAAUAAUACAUUCGUUAUUUCUUGUUACUGAAUCGAUAUGUUGUACAAUAAUCGUCAAGCAAACAGGGAAACAACAGAAAUGUGCUUCAUGUUUCUGUAUAACUGAGAUCGCUGAAACGACAUAAAAAUUUAGACAGAAUGAUGAUGAGCGAGAACAUAACGAAUGAUAUGUCAUUUUAUAUGGAGAUAUAUAAAAGAGGACGGAGUUGAAUAAAACAAUUCACCUUACGA